AUGGCAUCGGAGACCACGUCAGCGAAUGCCGAGGCCCGCGAGCUGAGCUUGAUAUCUAAAGUCGAGCUCAGGAUCGCUCUGGCAGAAACGGAUGAGAAACUAAGUACAUUACUCAGCACGUAUCUGGUACCUCUACUGCUGAAACUGGGCUCCGAGAGCCUUGCGGUGCGCAACAAGGUAAUUGCAGUCUGCCAGCAUAUCAACACGAGAGCCCAGUCCCCAUCAAUCAAGCUGCCCGUGCCAGCUUUAUUGAAGCAGUUCAAGGAACAAAAGUCCCCCCUAAUUAGACACUUCGACUUGAUUUAUAUUCAACAAGGGCUAGAUCGGCUGGGUUCCGAUGCCAGAAUUGAGAUUCUGGUUCCAUUGCUUCAGGGAGUCUCCGAGAUUGGGACCUCUAUCGACCAGGCUGCCGUCGUGUUCAAUCUCGUCCUUCGGCUUUUACCGUUGCUAAAACUACCCGCGAAGGAUAGUAAAGAUGAUGCGCAGUUGAAGUCUCAUCUUGGUCUCUCCGAUCAGGAUACCCGCUUCUUAGCCUCUUGGUUUGGGAAAUUACUCAUUCUCGCCCCCGCGGAGAAGAAUGCGCCCACAUGUCCAGGGCUUUCUCCCGCAGAGUACAUAUUUCUGAACAAAGGCGCGCCUGCGACGGAAACUUGGAGUCAAUCCUCUCCCGGUGGGUUGAAUUUGACCGAGACUAAAGCGACUGCGUUGAGGUUUCUCGCCAGUGGAGCCUUCGCACCCUCAGAGCGCUUUCUGCCGGCUUUGAUUGCAUCUGCGGAUACAAACACCCGUAUAUCAGACUUGGCAGAGGAGAUUAUGAAGCGGUUCAUUCCGGAUCUCGAAAAUCCAGAAGUCGUACAGCAGCUGUAUGGUCUGUACUUUGGAGCGGGCACGCCUGAUGGUGCGCUCCCAGCACGACCUGCCUUGCAGAUCAGAAUUCUAGUGUAUCUGGGAAAAUCGAUGCGGGCUACAGUGGACACCGAUAAAGUAAUUCGAUUGAUAGAAGAGGGUCUGCUUUCCGACGCUGCGAGAACUGCGCAAGGAUUGCAAGCCUCGAAGUUGCGCACACAAAUAUUCACCUUCACGACAUGGGUGGUGCGCAUGGGCUCUUCAUCCGAACUCAAACGCAUGGCGCCCAAGGUAAUAGCAGGUCUGAAGGAUUUUAUCGAGUCUCAAGGCUGGCCAAGCCCCGGCGCGAGUGGACAGCGGCUCCCCGCGAGCGAUCUAAGUCUACGGGGCCUUGCCUACGAGAGCAUUGGAGUCAUGGUCCCGAAAGUGGACUUCCAGGUGCGGGAGGAAGAUGAGGCGAUAUCAGGCUAUGACCUGAUCAGAUGGCUAUUCACGUCUCUAAGCUCCGAUGACUCCAGCUCUCAGAUUUUUGUGAGCAUCGAACAGGCUCUGGGAAGUAUUCUCAACUCAUCGGUUGAUAACUGGGAUAAACAAUUCCAAGACCAUCUGCGGCCAUUCCUUAUUCACCAGAUGGGAAAUCACCCUGGAGAUGACGAUUCGAUGACGGGGUUCAAGAUAGUCAGGAGUCCUCAGUAUGCAGCUGUGCGCUUUUCUAAUAGAUUUUUGCCAUAUGGAGAUGUUGUCGCUCGUUGGAUUGACCUCAUCGCCGUCGCGCAAGGUUCAGAAAGGCGUCAUGAGGUCAUUGAGGAAGGAAAAAAGGGCUUGCAUCCUUACUGGUACCGCCUUUUGAACCCUGGCAAGGACAAGAAAUGGUUCGCGUCAGUGACGGAUGACUCGCGAGCUUUGUGGUUCAAUUUCCCCAACUUUUCCGAGGUGACACGCUUCCUGUUUGGUUCGGAGGCCUCAGCCGGAGUGCCUGGGCUCUCCGCGACGGAGAUACUAUCAGGGCCCUACAAAAAGGCAUUUGCCCCUGCUGUGACGUUUCUACGUGAGAUCCUGCUCUGGGAGUCCUUCUCCAAAUCCAAUAUCACGGCAGGCAUUGAGCAGGAUUGGGAUGUCAAGCUUGAUGUGCUCCUUUCGACCGAUGAGCAGGCACGGUCAGCGGUAAGAAAGCACAUACAGAUCUCCGAAAAAGGAGCCGUCCUGCUGUUCCUAUCGAGUGCUUUGGCCGGUCUCGUCGGCGAGAAUUCGGAAGGUCGGCUGCAAUGUGGCGAGCAGUUUGUCAGUAUCUGCUCGCUGGUCUCGAAUGACAUAGUUGAGGCGCUGAUUCCCCAAACACUGUCAUUGAAAGGCCCUCUUUACAGCAACGACCAAGGGAGGCAGGAUGUAGCGGCACACGCCCUCGGAAUCUUGGCCUCUCAUCCUACAUUUAGUGAGAAUGAUCUAGCGGUUCUCGUUACCGAGCUGUCAAGCUCUGUUGCUGCAUGGAAGGAUGCGAUUGGUGAACUCGCCCUCAAAAGCCGAGGGGCAAUCCUUGCCUUGUCGUACGUAUUCAGCCGACUUGCUUUUCGAAACAUGCGACACAGAAUCCCAGAAGAACCGGCAAAUCGUUUUAUCAGUGCAGUUUUCGAAAUAAUCGAGACUGCCAGGGACUCUCUGCUCCGACGGUCUGCGCAGGUGGCUAUUGGACAACUCGCCCUUUCGGGAAUAUUACCACCUACGAGGCUUUCUGGUGAUACGUGGAAGUCAAUCAAGAGCAAGAUAGCGCAGGAUGCGAAGGCUGAAAGCGAGGCAGCUAUCAUCUCCAUGGGACUGUUAUCGCUGACAUUCUCUGGCAACAGCGAACUGUCUGUAGAAGAAGCGCUCAAGGAAUCGCUGGAUGCACUCUAUGGCUUGCACGAGAUCCGCAGUCCCGAGGUACAUUUUACAGUCGGUGAGGCACUGAGUGGCGCUGCUGUCGGGUGGAAAUCUAGAUCACUGGCGACCGAAUUUGAUGUUGAUGAACAACCUCCCGCGUCCUCGAUCUCCGAAGUCGUGCUUGCUACUAUGUGCGACAAAAUUAUCGAUGACUGUGGUGCGUCGAAGCCAGCUCUCCGAAAGGCAUCUGCGAUUUGGUUGUUAUGCCUAGUGAAAAAUUGUGGCCAUAUACAGGAAAUGCAAAUCAGACUCCGCAAGUGCCAAGAGACAUUCUCCAGACUGCUGGGCGAUCGAGAUGAGGUGGUUCAGGAAACUGGAGCUCAAGGCUUGAGUCUCGUGUAUGAGAUUGGGGACCAGGCGCUCAAGGAUGACUUAGUGCGCGACCUGGUAGAAUCUUUCACAGCAAACAGCUCUAGCUUGAGGGGUGGGAGGGUCAAUGAAGAAACCGAACUCUUUGAACCAGGAUCUCUUCCCACCGGAGGUGGUUCUUCGGUCAAUACCUACAAGGAUAUCAUGAACCUUGCCGCCGAAGCCGGCGAUCCUUCGCUCGUGUAUCGAUUCAUGUCAUUGGCCUCAAACAAUGCCCUCUGGACCAAUCGUGCAGCGUUCAGCAAGCUGGGAAUCAGCAGCAUCUUUUCGGAUUCUAGUGCCAGCGGGUAUCUCGCCAGCAAUCCCAAGAUCUAUCCCAAACUGUUCCGUUAUAGGUUUGACCCUAAUCCGAAUGUGCAGCGGUCCAUGAACACGAUAUGGCAAGCGCUGGUCAAAGAGCCGGCAGAGUUGAUCAACACUCAUUUCGAUGAAAUCAUAGGAGAUCUACUCAAAAGUAUGAUGGCGGGACGGGAAUGGCGAGUGCGACAGGCGAGCUGUGCCGCGAUCGCGGACCUGCUUCAGGGUCGACAGCCGGAUAGCUACGCCAGGUACACGGACGAGAUCUUCAGCAAGGCCUUUAAACUGGUGGACGAUAUCAAAGAGUCCGUUCGAGCGGCCGCUCUGAAGCUCUGUCAAACGAUCACGAACGCAGUCCUUCGUACACUGGAGACAGGCGACUCGAACGCCAAAAGGUCGAGCAAGAUGCUCGAUAGUGUGAUCCCCUUCUUAUUGAGUGACAAAGGCAUGGAAUCCGGCGUCCAGGAAGUCCAAGGGUUUGCGAUCGGCGCUUUGGUCCAAAUGAUCAAGAAAAGUCCCGGUGGACCAUUGCGCCCAUUUGUGCCGCAGAUUAUGGAACAAUUCCUGAAUUCUCUGAGCUCGCUGGAGCCGCAGGCAGUCAACUACGUCCAUCUCAAUGCAGAAAAGUACGGAUUGAGUGGCCAGGAUAUCGACAAAAUGAGGCUCUCCAGUAUUCGCACUUCGCCGAUGAUGGAAGUGAUUGAACGAUACCUCAUCGAUACGUUGGACGAAACGAGUAUGAAAGAGUUUGCGGUCAAACUCGAAGGCGUGCUUCGAUCGGCCGUGGGUCUGCCCUCCAAGGUAGGCUGCAGCCGUGUUUUAGUUCUGCUCAGCAUGAAGCCGGCUGUCUUCCGUCCCUAUGCGGAUCGCUUUGUUCAGCUUCUGGGGAAAUACGUGGUCGACCGCAACGACACCGUCAGUGCGUCCUACUGUACAUCCAUCGGCUACCUUCUACGACUGGCUUCCGAUGAUCGGAUUCUCAAGAUGAUGGAGCAUGCUAAAAAUCUGUACCUAAGUGCAGAAGACGUCAAUCCGCGCAUCAUUUCAGCGGAGAUUCUUCACUCGGCAUCCAAGUUGUCUAACGAUAAGUUCAUGGCCUUUGCUGCGACUGUCUUGCCGUUCAUAUUUGUUGCGAAGUACGAUAGUGAUGCCCAUGUCAGAGAGGUCUUUGAGAAGACAUGGCAGGAUAACGUGGGCGGGAAUCGUGCAGUGUCACUGUACCUCAAAGAAAUCACGGCUCUGGUUUUGGAGAACCUGGAGUCGCCCCGCUGGGCGAUCAAGCAUACAGCGGCACUGGGAUUCGCCAAUGCUAUCAUGGCACUAGACCCCGAGGUCGACAUCGCCACGGGGAAACAUCUGUGGCCCGUCUUGGAAAAUGCAAUGGCAGGCAAAACUUGGGAAGGGAAGGAGACCGUCUUAAAGGCGUUCGUGAAGUUUGCGGGCCAGGCCACGAAACUCUGGCACGAGGACCCCCCGCUCGGUGACACAAUGAAGGUCAUAGCAGUUCGAGAGGCGAAGCGCAAAAACCCCACGUAUCGCCCGUACGCGCUGGUCGCCUUGGGCGGAGUCGCUCAGGCACGCAAAGAUCUCAACCUGAUGCCUGAUGCCAUAAGCAUCGUAUCCCAAGUAGUGGAUGAACUAGAGGAUGAAGAGGACUCGAUGGAUAUCGACUCAGGAAACGGACAGAAGUCUAAGCAAACCACCGACGAUACACUGGCGGCUUGUGUGAAAUGCCUUCUACAAAGCUUCAAUCCAGCAUCCUGUGGGUCUACAGAAAGCACCACCGGACAUUUGCUACAAACCAAGACGCUUCUUCACCGAGUAGUCCGCAGUGGCGGUCGAAACGUGCAGGUCACGUUGUAUGAACAGCUCCGCAUGUUGUUCAGUCGGUUAGAGGAAUGGGCUCCAGCGAAUGCAGUGACUCUCAUUCGCGAAUUACGAGAAUCGCUGGCGGUGCUAGCGGGGGAGAUGUUGUCCUGCGAGAUAGAUGUGUCGGCCGAAGCCAUCCGCAUGGGGCGGGCGCAAGCAGCAGCCUCGUAUGUUACCUUCAGUCAGAAGACCGGGCUGGAGGUCAAUACAGCCCUCCCGGAACUGCUCAAGGACUGGAGGGGGGCGGAAAGAUCUGGACCGGUGCAGCAGAUAUUAGAUCAGACACUGCGAAAACUCAUGUCGCCAUGA